AUGAGCAUAGAGCCAUUUAACAAAUUGGUGAAGUUGGCUGCGAGGGCAUUUUAUGAUGAUAUUACUGCAAAAGGAGAUAAUCAACCAAAAUCAGGGAGGAGUGAUAAUAGGGGAAUUGCUGUUGUAGUUCUUGAUGCUCUCACGAGACGCCAAUGGGUCCGCGAAGAAGAUUUAGCAAAAGAUUUGAAAUUGCAUUUAAAACAACUUCGGAGGACUUUGCGGUUUUUUGAAGAAGAAAAACUGGUAACCAGGGAUCACAGAAAAGAGACUGCCAAGGGUGCAAAAGCCUAUAGUGCUGCAGUUGCUGCUACUGCUGAUAGUCUUACUGGAAGAGAAGGAGAAGAGAAAAUUAAACUUCACACUCACUCUUAUUGCUGUCUUGACUAUGCGCAGAUACAUGAUGUGGUGAGGUAUAGAUUGCACCGGAUGAAGAAAAAGUUAAAAGAUGAAUUAGACAACAAGAACACAGUCCAAGAAUACGUAUGCCCAAAAUGUGGAAAAAGAUACAAUGCUCUGGAUGCUAUUCGGUUAAUCUCAUUUGAAGAUGACUCUUUUCAUUGUGAAAGUUGUGAUACCGAAUUAGUAGCAGAAAGUGACAAAUUAGCUUCCCAACAAGAUAUUGGAGAUGGUGAUGAUAAUGCAAGAAGACGACGUCGUGAGAAAUUAAGGGAUUUGCUUCAAAAAUUGGAGGUGGAAUUGAAGCCGUUAACAGAUCAGCUUGGAAGAGUAAAAGACCUUGAAGCCCCUGAUUAUGGAACUCUUCAAGCAUGGGAAGUACGUGCAAGUGCUGUUGCACGUGCAUCUAAUAAUGAUCCUGGUGGCAACGAUGCUUCUAGAUCUGGACAGGGAGGGACACCUAUGCCCUUUCUUGGAGAGACAAAGGUUGAGGUGGCCUUUUCUGGUGUUGAAGAAAAGGGGGAUAUAAAACCUGAGAAUGCGCCUAUGAAAGUGUUGCCACCAUGGAUGAUUAAAGAAGGGAUGAAUCUUACAAAUGAACAGCGUGGAGGUGUAAAGCAGGAAGAAUCAAAAAUGGAAGGAGGAACUUCUUCUGGAGCUGCUGCUAUGGAUUUCAAAGAUGACAAGAAGUUGACUAAUCAAGAGGAUGAUGUCAAGAAUCUUCAGGAUGAAUAUUUCAAAGCGUAUUAUGCUGCUUUACUUCAGAGGCAAAAAGAACAAGAAGAAGGCACCAAAAAGGAACAAGAUUUGCCUGCUGCUGAUGUGGAGGCCUCAAAUUCAAGAAAACGCCAACGUGAUGACGAUGAUGAUGUGGAAUGGGAAGAGACUCCAACUGCAGCAGGUGAGACUUUCAAGGUUGACUUGAAUGUGGAAGCAGCGGAGCCUUCAGGUGAUGAUGAAGAUGAUGAUGAUGAUGGAAUUGAUUGGGAAGAGGGUUAACUACUUACUAGAAGAAGAAAGCUUCUUCCUAGAGGUCUAUUUUCUCACUUUAAUUUGUAGUCAUCAUCUAGUGGUGGUUAACAGGAGAAAAAGACUUCCUGUUGUACAUCUUAUGAAUGUGAAAUGCGUAGUAAAUUGGAUUUAUAUAAAUGAAGUUUGUUUUGGGAAUUUCUUAAUCAACUAACUAGUAUCAUUUGCUGCUGCUUUGUAAUUGGGUUUUAAUCAACGAUGUGAAUGAGAGGUUUAGAUCCUAAAUUAACUCCAUGGAAGAUUGGAGAUGAAAACUGUAUAGUGUAGGGUUGUAAUGUGAUGGGAAUGCAAGAGUCAUGUCUAGAUAUAAAAAGUUUUAUUCAUCAAAAAUCAUAACUGGACAAGUUUUUGUGUUACAAAUGGGGAACUCCUUCCUAAAAGCAACAAAUGUUCCUCUGGUUUUUAACUCAUAUUUCUUGUUG